AUGUCUACUUACGGCAGCCUCUCGCACCACGGCGGCAACGGUGAAUCGAUCUGUUCCGUUCUGAUAGUCGGUGCCGGCUUAACGGGACUGACGGCGGCCAUCCGGUUGAGGCAGGCUAACUUCCAGGUCGUCGUGCUGGAAAGAGCCUCGGCAUUGCAAAAGCUGGGCGCUGGACUUCAAAUUCCCCCCAACUGCUCCAGAGUUCUUCGGGAGUUGGGUGUCAUGGAAAAGGUUGAAGCCGCAGCAACAGCACCAAAAGCCUUGAUUGUUCGGUCUUAUGUAGGGAGCCAACUCCACCACCAGACUAUCAACUUUCAGCAGGCAAAGGGGUACGGGGAUGCUCACCUUGUUAUACACCGCGCCGACAUUGCUCGGAUUCUGUAUGAAGAAGCGUUGAGGCUAGGUGUUCGCAUUCUGUUCGACGCCCGCGUGGUAGAUAUCAACUUCGACCUGGGUUGCGUCCAACUUCACACCGGCGAAGGAAUGAGGGCAGAUUUAGUCCUGGGUGCAGAUGGGGAGCACUCAGUCUGUCGGCAUCUGCUCCUUGGCUCGAACAAUGCCCCUUCGUCUAGUGGCAAUGUUGUUUAUAGACUCAUGAUUCCUUCAUCGGCUCUCACAGCGGAUGCUGCCCUCCAGGCUCUGAUCAGCCCGGCCAGCAUCCAGGCUUGGUAUGGGCCUGGCUCGCAUAUUAUAUGCUACCACCUAGAUCGUCAGAAGGUUUUGAACGUUGUCAUGACACUACCAGCAGCCCAUGGUGCAUCACCAACAGGCCCCCAGCCAGCCGAUGUCCAGGUCCUCCGGGAUUACUUCCGAGACUGGGACCCCACCAUUCAGCGAUUGAUGGAAUUGACAGAACUGGCCCAAUCGUGGACUCUGCUCGAGCAUGAAACAUGCUGGCAAUGGGCCCAUCCAAGUGGAAGAUUCAUUCUAUUAGGGGAUUCAGCGCAUACCAUCCUCCCUUAUAUGGCCCAAGGCGCGGCCAUCGCGAUUGAAUCGGCCUUCAUUCUUGCCGAGCUCCUCGCCCGCCAACGUCCAUUGGGUCCGGCACUACCCGACCUUCUACGAGCCUUCACGGCUUCUCGCAUGCUCCGAGUCCUCUGUAUUAAGAACUGGAGCAAAGCCAUGGAAGGCGCUUUCGAACCUGUGGGACACUCGGUCGAUUGGGCUCGAAGUUGGUUCGACAUGAUGCGCGAUUAUCGUGAUCGAGAGGACCAUCUGAACGAGCAGCAGCUCUGGAAAGAAAGUAAUAAAUUUCCUUAUCCCUUAACUGAUCCGAUGGUCCAAGAUCUGGUCUGGGGCUUUGAUCCUCAACAAGCGGCCGUUUCUGUUUGGAGGCAGUAUACUAGAACAUAUGCCAAUCCUAUCUAG